CAAGCAUCACCCUUCUACCUAAAGAGCGUAGCUGUAACUGCUACAGCUACUGUCUGAACACACAGCUGAAGCUUCUGUCUAAGGCGCUGGCACAGCGCUCGACUCCAUCUCUUCCUACUAUUAUCAGCCCAGAUCAGAAAGGCUUCAUCUCG